GGUGGUUAGUUACCGGCCCGGGUUUGAACCCCACACACGUUGGGAUCACUUACAAUUUUUAUUUUACGUAAUACAUCGUAAUAAUAUAACAGCUUGCGUAAUACUUAGAUCCUUCGAAUCGAAAUCGAAAUACGAAGAAUCCUUAGAUUGUGUUUGUGAAGUGAAAUAUGUGGUGGAUUAUUCAUUUCGCAAUAGUAUUGCAAUGUGCAUCAUCAGUCCGUAUAAUCAGCAUGCGAGUUCCAGAAGUGCUGCAAUAUGGAACUCGAGAGGCGGUAACACUGGACUGCGAUUACAUCACAAAAAACGUCACAGGGCUUGUCGUAAAAUGGUUUUUCUCUGACCGCUCGCAGCCCGUCUACCAGUGGAUACCACCGCAGAAACCUCAAGCUCUUGGUAUAUUGAAGAAUAAGUUGGACUUAAACUACAAGAUAUCGCACAAUCCAUACACGCAACACCGAGCUCUAAGGAUAGUUCAGCCGAGUACUGAGUUGACUGGGAACUAUACAUGUGUCGUCUCCACCUUCUUAGCUGAAGAUGAAAGGACCCGGCCUAUGACAAUAUUUGUGCCUGAAAAACGAUUCGACAUGAUCAUGGACAGACUCAGCGAUGGUUAUCUGAACAUAAUAUGCUCCGUUGAAGGUGUCUUCCCACAGCCAGAGCUCGUCAUUUUAGCGGGAAACAGGCCGUUAAAUGCGAAAUCAUCCUUAAAUAUGAUCGAUGGAAGAUACACCGCUUUAACAAGUGCAGUGGUCAAAAUCGACUACUUGCCACCCACAGUAGAGAUACUAUGCGACAUGCAAGUACCACUCGCUAACUAUUUCAGUAGAAAACGGGAUAUAUUUUAUAGAGAUCCACCACCCACUACUCUAGACCCACCAGGGACCUCCAACUCCCAGUUUGCAAAAGAUGACGGUCACUCAACGCAGUGCAGAUUGACCUUAAUUAUUGUAAUGCUAUUCAUGUACUUUAGUUUAUGGUACUCUUGACGUAUUUUUUAGAUGAUUUCUGUAUAUACUAAUGUAAAUAAUUUAGAAACGUAAAAAGUAAAGAAUAUGUGAUAAGAACCGCUCAGAACGAAUUUAAUAUGUUUAAUACGUUUAUAUUAAAAUUAAAAAAAAAUAGCUGUUUUAGAAACAACACACUACAAAUGCGAUAUUUCAUUAUUAUUAUUAAUUUUAAGUAAUAAAAAUAAAACAAAGAUAACGUUUAGUAAAAUGUCAAAUGUGCCUUAAAAAUCUACGGCUCGUAGCUAUUAAGUAUGGUAUAUUGAUUAUUGAUAUUGAGUUGAUUACUCUAUAUAUCUUUAUUCUUUAUACAGUUAAAGUAGCUUUGUAUGUGUUUUGAAAUGUUUAAUAAUGGUAUGCUUAUGUGUGGAUUAAAAAUGUACAGUUUUGACGUUUAGAGAAAAUUUCACAUAAUGUUUAAUCUAAUUUAACGUAUUGUAAAAAAAAAAUCUGAAAAAAAAAUUCUUUACGAUACAGUGCUCGCGAGAUUUCGCCUUGAGAUACGGCCUAUUUCUUUUCUUUGUUUUACCAAUGAAAUUUUCCAAGUUAAUUUUAAUUUUCUAACAAUCCUUUACAACGGAAUCCCGUUAAGUGCAAAACGUGUUUCAACUCGCAUAGCUAUUAUGCUUUCAUUACAAUAUUAUAAAGUUAAUUUAAAUUCUUAUAAACUUUGUUCGUGCCAGUUUUCUUCCAAGUUCGUUUAAUUAUGUAAAUUUUAAAUUGUGAGAGGAAAUGGUAGGGAUUUUACGGCUUUCUGAUAAAACGUUUUAACGGGAAACUUACGAAAAAAUGUUAAACUUUUAUUAAGGCGAAAUUCUUAUGUAUAAAUUAUAUCGACUCACUGCUGUAUAAGGAUUAGUAGGCGUUAGUGCUUUUUCUGGCACGAAACGGUUUAAUGGCUAAACUACUCCAGAAACUUACACUUUAAGUAUUAAUAUUUUAUUAAAAACUAACGUUUCUAGAGAUGUUAUGUCUAGAUAUUUGCACAAAAAUCCUUAUUUCUAGACAUCAUUUUUGUGCAAAUAUCUAUUAUUUUUAAUCUUCAAGAAUUAAAAGAUUUCCCGUACUCUCAAUCUUUUAGAAUUUUUAACUGUGUCAGAAUAGUGGAGGUAUAUUGUUAAUGAAUGUUAAAAAUAAUUAUAAACACGCAGGUAUACUACAUUUCUGUAUUUUGACUUUGGUAAAAUCAUCCACAGAAGAAAGAAUGUAAAGCCGGUAAAAUAAUAUUCUUAAAUGUGUAAGUUUUUGCACACUGUUGCUACCAUUAUUAUAUAUUCUAUUAAAUAAAACAUAAACAUUUAAAAACCGUAAAAUCUAUCUUAGUAACAUUAUCCAUGUUAUACACCAUACGCCUAUAAUGGUUCUAGAUUGUCUUGUUCUUUUAUAUUCGAAUUAACGCGAGAAAGAUAAGGACAAAAUAGUACCCUGAGGGUUAUAUCUUUUUAUAUAUUCAAAGAUAAUUUCCAAAGACAUUUUCUUCUAGUCGAAAAUAAAUGUAUUCUAAAUA